GUGACCCUGCUUGAUGCACCAUCCGCUUCUGGCUCUGGCUCUGGUCGCGCGCCCGUUCCGCCAGCCGCACCCCCCGUGAUAACACUGGACGAUGAGGUGGAAGAGAUCCCAGUUGCGGUCGAAAGGAAACAUGCGAAACCGGCUGCGGCGCCGAAUCGGGACUCGCCUCGACAUCGGAAACGCGAAUUGGGCGCGGCGCCCUCUCAAAAAUCCUCGAAACGGACACGUGAAAGUGGUGCAGAGCAUCAGGCGAAGAUGCUCCGAUAUUCGCAGAUUCUCGACAAAUAUAGACGAAAAAUGGAGCAACUCCAACGCAAACGCCCACGCAGCCAACUCGCUGAAAAAGGCUUAAAACGGAAAAGACACGAAAGGGGCGGAGCAGGAGGCGCGCGCAGCAGUCCAUUUGCACGAUUGAAUCGGCAGUGCGGGUCGCUUCUGGAGGGGGCGGUGCUUGGUGAGGCGAACACGCAACUGAUCGCACAGCUUGCCGCUGAGACCACGCCCACGGAACUGGACGAGUUGAAUCAGAAUUUAAAGAGAAUUUCACGUGUGGUGGAGAGAAUCCGUGACUGGUGGGCAGAGCAGGGAGCGGCGGCGGCGGGCUCGAGUGGGUGGUGCCCGGAGGGCGGGCAGCAUUCCCCGGGCAGCGCGUCGGAUACGGGCACUGGGCGUACGGGUAAUUCAAGUACGGGUACGGCGAAGACUGGGAGCCAGAAGGGUGGCGAGCGAAAUGGUACGACGCGCAUGGAGGAGGAGGAGGAGACGGUUUACGAGCGAUCAGAAGGAAGUGGUGAAGAGAGUGGGGUUGAAGGGGACAGAGAGGAACAGGUGGGGCUGACUGGAAAGCGAAGAGCGAAGGUUGCCGCCGGUGGUAGCGAUCAACCAAGGGUUGCCAGCCGCACGGACAGCACGGGUCCUGAAGCGAUCUCAAUAGAUCAGAGAGCAGGAAGUCCAGGCUCAGGCGUCCAGUCUUCUGGAAAGGCUUCAUCUGGGGAGGUCACGCCCGGAUCCGGGCAGCCGGAGCAAAGUCAUUCCGGAAUCGAAACCAAUAGUUUCGCAAAAGGGGGCGUUGCCGUUGGAUCUGAUGACGUCACUUCUGAACGCGGAGACAAUGGAAUGGAGGCGUCGGCAAGUGCGCGCCUGUCUAAAAGCCACGCCCACCGUGGGCGGAGCCAUCGGAAACGAAGUGUAAGCGAGCAGGUUAUAUGUGGCGAUGAUGGACAGGACGUUUUUGAGAAAGAAGGCGAAACGACGAGAAUGAAAGCAGCAGGCACAUCGAAGAGUUGCCACAGUGACGGGAGAAGAUCUCACAGUCCAGCGAGGGGCAAAGAUAGAGACGACUCGCCAAAAACUGAGGACUCUGAUGAAUUUUAG